ACACCGCGUCUGGCUUCAGCUCCGAUCUCGGAAUGUCGCGUCUCAGUCCUGCUGCUGCUGCUGCUGCGCUUUAGUUUGUCGUCAAACGCCAGAGAUGUGAUUCAUAUCCGCUGUGCGUGAACGGUUUGUGGGCACCAGAGCAUAUUGAUAUGCACGUCGUUUUCGCGACAUUGGACUGAUGCAGGCUGUCGAUUGGGCAGCGAUUACGACUUGCAGUCGAAGCUUGAAAUCGCAAACAAACAAACAAACAAACAAAUAAAUAAAUAAAAGCGCCGCGCAUCAGCAGCAGCAGCAGCAGCAUUUGGCUGAUCGUCGCGCGAGCUGAAGCAUCCUCCUUCCAGCACAGGGAGGAUCCGCGCGGGGAAAACAGCACGCGCACACGCACGCACGCACUCACUCAGACGCGCGCGCGCUCAGAGGAUGCUCCGGGUGUAAAGCGGCAGAUUGAGCAAUGGGCAAAGACCAGGAGCUGCUGCAGGCCGUGAAGACCGAGGAUCUGAUCACCGUGCAGAAACUCCUGCAGAGGCCCAAACCCGGCAAAGCAAAGUUGCUCGGUUCUGCUAAGAAGGUGAACGUGAACUUCCAGGACACAGAUGGAUUUUCUGCGCUCCACCAUGCUGCCCUCAAUGGGAACCUGGAGCUCAUCUCUCUGUUGCUGGACUCUCAGGCCAUGGUGGACAUCAGGGACCAGAAAGGCAUGCGUCCUCUACACUAUGCUGCAUGGCAAGGGAGAUCUGAACCAAUGAAGAUGUUACUAAAAUCAGGCUCUUCGGUUAACGCACAAUCAGAUGAGGGACAGAUUCCCCUUCAUCUGGCUGCACAGCAUGGACACUACGAUGUGUCUGAAAUGUUGCUUCAGCACCAGUCAAACCCAUGCAUAGUGGACAACGCAGGAAAAACGCCGCUGGACCUCGCGUGUGAAUUUGGACGAGUCGGAGUGGUUCAGCUCCUCCUGAGCAGUAAUAUGUGUGCUGCUCUUCUGGAGCCAAAACCAGGAGACUCGACUGAUCCGAAUGGCACCAGUCCACUCCACCUUGCCGCUAAAAACGGACACAUCGAUAUAAUUAGGUUAUUGAUCCAGGCUGGCAUUGACAUUAACAGGCAGACUAAAGCGGGCACUGCCCUACAUGAAGCAGCUCUGUGUGGGAAAACCGAAGUCGUGCGCCUCCUGCUGGAUAGUGGCAUUAAUGCGACGGUGAGGAACACGUACAGCCAGACGGCGCUGGACAUCGUCUACCAGUUUACUGCCACUCAAGCUAGCCGAGAGAUCAAACAGAUGCUGCGAGGUACGGAUGAAGAUGCAUCUGCGGCUCUGCAGGUCAGGGCUCUCAAAGAUUACUGCAACAACUACGACCUGACGAGCCUCAACAUUAAAGCAGGAGACGUCAUCACGGUGUUGGAGCAGCACUCUGAUGGGCGAUGGAAAGGCUGUAUCCAUGACAACCGAACAGGAAAUGACAGAGUCGGUUACUUCCCUUCUAGCAUAGUGGAAGUGAUUAGCAAGAGGCCGGGUGCGACAGUCAUUUGUACUGAACAGUAUCACACCAUCGCGCCGGCGAGUGUCUGUGUGUCUCCCGCCGUCGCCAUGGUGAACGGAGAAUCGUGUCAUUUCCUGCCACAAUCCCAUCAGCCACUUUUCACUUCCUUUGGCUAUAAAAGUUCACAAAACAGCUCAGCCGAGCCGAUCAGCCAAAAAGGUUCUCGGGGUUCAGAUUCCUCCGGAGGGCCACAGGGGGGCAGCACUGAGGAAAUCUGGGUCUUGCGCAAACCUGCAGCAGGUGGGGACCGCAGCAGUGUGAGCAGUUCGAGCAGCGCUCGCUCAUCAGGCAGCGGACAGAGCAACACACACAUCCUCCAUGCUCAGGCAGAGGGAGUAAAGCUUCUUGCUACAGUUCUCUCUCAGUCAGCGAAGGCUAAAGAGCAUCUGUUGGAACAGUCCAGAUCUGUGGAUUCAUCCAUAACGACUAAUAAAGCUCCCACCUCCCGCAGUCAGAGUGUGUCGAGCUGUCCUGUCCAUGAGCCGCAGUACACGGAGAGGAAAGGAGAUGAGGGGAAGACCUCAGAGGCCGUUAUUGAAUGGCUGAGCGAUUUUCAGCUGCAACUCUACGCACCAUACUUCAUCAGCGCUGGCUAUGACAUUUACACCAUUAGCAGAAUGACCCCGGAGGAUUUGACAACAAUCGGCGUUACUAAACCGGGUCACCGCAAGAAAAUGCUCUCGGAGAUCAAUAAGCUGAGUGUCACAGAGUGGACAUUUGACCAAAAACCAGCUAAUCUCUGUGAGUGGUUAAACAUGAUUGGACUGAGUCAGUAUCACCAGAUUUUGGUUCAAAACGGCUACGAAAACAUCGACUUCAUCACAGACAUCACGUGGGAGGAUCUACAGGAAAUCGGCAUUACCAAACUCGGUCAUCAGAAGAAGCUCAUGCUUGCUGUAAAGAAGCUCGCCGAAAUCCAGAAAGGCUCAGAAAAACGAAACAUGACUCGUAAAAAGACUCAGGAGUCGGCAUCCAUCGAGUGCCCUCCCCCUGAGUGCACUUCUCCCAAACUGAGCGCCUUCCAGGAGAAUGAGCCGAACGCUGAGAUUCUGGACGGAUCCGAAAAGGAGGCACGUACAGUUCGGCAGAACAGCGGGGGUGGACAGAGGGGAAGCAUUUCAUCUGUGCACCCGAAACCUCGCCAGUCUUACUCUCAAGGUCCACCGUAUACACCGCCACAGACUCCAACCAAAACAAAACCCCCUUCAUCACCAAAAAAUGGCGCUCAUAUGAUGGAAAAACCCAGCUCGUCUCCAACACACAGGACGUAUCAGGAAGCAGGAAGGAAGGAGGAAGUGCAAAUGGAUGUGACAUCGCAUCCGGCGUCACCCCUAUCCGUGCCCCAAAUUCUCCUGCCACCAGAGGGCAACGAAUCUGGUAAACAGGAACAAGAAAUGAAAAAGCGUACUCACAGUCUAAAUCGUUACAAUGCCGAGCAGGAGCGUAAUGAGGCUGACAUGGUGAAUGCGAACACCACUGUGCAGCGCCGCGUCAGCCGGAGUAACUCUGUACGCAACCAGAGCGACAAAAUUAAUGACAAAAAUGUCAAGAAUGAGAAAAAUGUGAACCGGGGCAGCCAGUCCUUUGCUCUGAGGCAGAAGAAGAAAGGCCCUCCUCCACCACCACCAAAACGCUCUAGUUCGGCCAUUUCAAGCUCCAACACCAACCUAAAUGACAUGCCCAAAGAUAUGAGUACUGGAAACCUUCUGGACAUCAACUAUAACCCACAGAGACGAGCCAGCGCCGUGGAAACGAGUGUCAAUGUGGAGACGGGGGGCGGUGGUGCCGUGGAGACAGGCAGUAUGGGUAGCGUCAGGAGUAUUGCUGCCAUGUUAGAGAUGUCGUCCAUCGGAGGAGGAGCAAAAGGACUUGCUAUGCAGAGAUCUACAGCACAUUAUCUACAGGUGUCUCAAUCAGGAGGUAGGCAAUAUGAUGCAAUCGGUUUAGACGGAGAAGUUGUGAAUCGCCGCAGGACCAUCAGUGGCCCAGUAACAGACCUUGUAGCAGCUGCUAAGAAAAAAUCACAACCAUCCGAGCCAGUACCAGUCGAAACUACAGCACAGAAUGAAAUUCAGUCCAAACCACUGGCUGAGAACCUGCCUUUGGCUGAAGACAAAAACCUGACUGUUAAAACAAAGCCGAAGCAAAGUGAGAACAGCACAGGUGCCAUACACCUUCCACCGCAGGAGGAUUCUUCAAACACUGACGGCUCGAAAAAGAGGACCUGGAGCUCCAAGCCGCCUCAGGAUGAAGCGAGAUUUUACCUCACAGAGUCGAACACUGUCAAACGGAGGCCCAAGAUCAGAGAGAAGGAGUCUGAGGACGAGACCGUUUUGCAAAACGGAACCGGCACUAUAAAGAGACGCCCGGUUUCUGAUGUUACUGUCUCUGAACAGCCCAGAUCAGUCGAGAAGCCAGUGGAGACUGCACCACGGAGAGAGAAAUCAGACCUGGAUGGACAAACUGCACCUGGUAAAACUGCUAAACCUCCAGUGUCUCCUAAACCCGUCCUCCAUAACGUGAAGAGACAGGACACUCCAGCUGCAGUGACCAAAAAAGGCACCUUUCCUGGAGCUCCUGGCAGCCCAGGUACUACACAGUGUGGCCCUUUCUCUUGCCCUGUCUUUACCCAAUUAUUUGAAGGGAAGAAAAUUCCUCCUCCAGUUUCUCCGAAACCCACUCCUCCACCCACAGCUCCCAAACCGAAUAAAAAUAUAAUUCAGAAAGUUGCUGUGACUUCACUGGUGUCAUCUGCCAAUCAGACGGUCACCAUAACGAUCGCAACACCCCCUGUCACUCCCCCUAGCGCAGCAAAAACUCCAACGUCGCCAGCUCAAAGUCCACAGACUCCACAGACACCCAUCACUCCACCCAUUAAACCACCUCGCUCCUCCAUCGGAGGGGUGUCGAUGGACGCUGGCGGUGGGGCUCCACAGACGUCAGAGGUCGCUGGGGUGGCGAGUGUGGAUGCGGUGCAUCAGAAGAUUGAGGAGACAAGUGCAUCGCUUGCUGCAGCGCUGCAGGCUGUGGAGGAGAAAAUCAAAGAGGACAGGAAUAAAGACAUGUCGGCUGAGAACAAGAGCACAGUGAGCAUCCUGGACGACAUUGGCAGCAUGUUCGACGACUUGGCCGAUCAGCUGGAUGCCAUGCUGGAGUGAAAAGCACAAUACCGGAAGAGCAACAAGGGCACAAAUGAACAACAUCUUCCCUACUUUAUCACCUGACACUCACUAUCCUCUCUUCCUUCUCUUCAUUCCUUAUUCCAAUAAUCCUCUUUUUCUCUCCAUCUGCCUCUGGUGCACAGCCUUUAGGCGGAGGCAGAACCUUUUAUUCUUUGAGAUGGUCCGUGAGGGGACGUUGACUUCUGCCUGUCGCGCGUCUCGCCUAGCAGUCCGCUGGUGUAUCUGAAAAAAAUAAUAAAAUUAUUAUGGUAUGUGUACAUUGUGUAAGCAUGAGACAAGUUUUUAAUCUGAAA